ACGGAUCAGGAUCAUAAUAAUUGAAUAAAAAUUAAUUUUAAAAUAUAUAUAAUAAAAAUAUUAAAUAUAUGUGAUGAUUUGAAAUAAUCAAUUAACUUACAGCAUGAAAAUUAUCAAAUUGUUAUAUUUAAAAUAAUUAUAUACAUAUAUUCUAAUUAUGUAAAAUAUAUAUAAACAUGAAAAUUAAUACCCGCACGAUUGUGCGGGACCAAAUCUAGUGUAGAAUUUAAAAUUUUAAUAGAAUAAGUAGUUUUGUCAGUAAUUUGUUUUCUUUUGUUACAAAGUUCCGUUUAAAAAUGAAAUACCAUGUGAUGUUUUCUCUGCAUUUAAUUAUAUUUUGGUAAAAAAUAUAAUUUUAAAACGUGUGAAAUCUCUAGUUUUGUAAUAAAAUCUUUAGUUUGGACGAUUGGUCAUACAUUCCACUUGAAGUUGAUAACGUAGGUAAUUGAGAUUUUGUUUCUAAUUUUGUUUUCUUAUUGAGAUUUUGUUUCUAAUUUUCUUUCUUUAAAAGAAAGUCAUAGCCAAAGACAAAGCACACAAAUCUAAGAAGAUUGUAUCACAAAGAUGACUAACUGUAAUUUUAUCAUUGUCGUUAAGUUCUUCGUUACCUUCUUAAUAUUUGUUUCUCCAAACAAAAUAUUAGCUUUUUAUGAUAGAUUCUAUGGAUAUGCUGAAGAACCAAUGGGUCCAUCAUUCUCAUAUGAAGUUUUUGAUGUCUCCACGUUCGGAGCCAGCCCUAACGCGGACACAGACAACACUCUUGCAUUUGAGAAGACAUGGUGGGCAGCUUGCAACCACCAAGGAAGAUCAAAGUUUUACGUCCCGGAAGGUAGAUUCUUAGUGGGUGAGAUCCAGUUCAAGGGCCCUUGUCGCACUGAAUCAACCAUGGAAGUUGAGAUUACAGGAGAUCUAAUUGCUCCAACGGGCAUUAAGGAUUUUCCUUCGAAUCAAUGGAUUGGUUUUAGUCAACUAAACGAUAUCUUCUUGUACGGAAGUACUAACUUAGAUGGUAGAGGCGACGUUGAAGCCUGGAAACAAAAAAGUUGCGAGGACUCCAAAUGUGACAAACUCAUAACGUCUCUGAGCUUGGACAACGUGUCAAAUUCGAUAAUCGAAAACAUUUCGUUAUCAAAUGCGAAAGGGUUUCAUUUUCGGUUACACUCUGCUAGCAACGUUACGGUCCACAACGUUAGUAUCAGCUCCCCAUGGGACAGUCCUAACACCGAUGGGAUCCACGUUCAUAACUCCUCUUUCAUCUACAUCACCAACUCAACCAUUGGAGCCGGAGACGACUGCGUCUCCAUCUCAACUGGGAGUCUUGAUGUGCUUGUCUCCGGCACACAUUGUGGUCCAGGCCAUGGAUUCAGUAUAGGGAGCUUGGGGAAGGUUAAGAACGAGGAAGAAGUGAGAAGAAUUAAGUUUCAAAACUGCACCGUUAACGGGGCUGAUAACGGAGUUAGGAUUAAGACAUGGCCUACAUCACCGCCGAGCGAAGCUAGUGAUAUAACGUUCGAGGACAUUUUAAUGAUUAAUGUCUCUAAUCCCAUUAUCAUUGAUCAAGAGUAUUGCCCUUCUAAUAGCUGCAACACCACCUCUGCAUCGUUGGUGAAACUGAGCAACAUAGAGUUCAAGAACAUACGAGGAACGUACAGAAGUGAUUUCGGGGUGAAUCUGAGGUGCAGCUCUGUCGUGGCCUGUGAGAACAUAACGCUUAUCGACGUCAAUCUCAAUGGUACUAACUCAACUUAUAAGACGCCGAAGGAGAAGUGGGAGCAAGAGAAAUUUAGUACGAAGGGUAGCCUUAAUGGCUUAGCGGUUUUUAACUCAACUUUUAACUAGUUAAUCAGGGCAUCCACAUCGCCUUCAAUCUCUUCUUUCUUGAGAAAUUGAUAAAAUAGUUAACUAGUUAGACAGGGCAUCCACAUCGCAUUGAAUCUGUUUUUUCCUCAAAAAUUAAUAAAAUAGUAUUAUUAUCGUAUAACUAUUUUUAUUUAUUUAUAGUUAAUCAGACCACUAGCAGUCAAACAUCUGUCGGAAAAGGUUCAAGAGGUUCGGCUAGAUACUACCGUUAGAAUAUUAUUUUUAUUUAUUUUUAAUAAAUCAGACCACUGGCAAUCAAACAUCUGUCGGGAGAGGGUCUUAAAACUGAAGAAGAGGUUCUGUUCAGAGAUAUUAUCUGUCACCUCACUCUUCCUUUUACAUUUUUUAUAACUUUUAAUCUGUUGAAACUCCGCUAGAUACUACCGAUAAAAGUGGUCUAAGAUCAUAUACACAUAUCAAAUACUAUACACUCUAUAAUAUUAUUUGAAAAGUCAGUUUCAUAUGUGUCGCAUUCAUGUUAAUUCUUAAAGUGAUUAAUUACAAAUGUAUUCUUAAUAAAUUAAACUAUUAUUUUAAAUUGCCAUUAUUAUUUUUUUUUAAUAAUUUCUGCCAAUUAAAUUUUAAAUUUUAGUUUCUUUUUUAUAUAUUAUCUAAAUAACAUAUAUAAUAAAAAAGAAAAUAUUUAUAUAAUAAAAAACGAAAAUAAUAUUUACAAAAAGGAAAGAAAACAUAUUUUAUGAAAAUAUAUUUUAUAUAUAAUAUGAUUUCAUAAAAAAAGUAUAAAAAUAACAGUUUUGAUGUUAAAAAGAUAAUCAUCUCUUUAAAACAUAAUAUUAAAAAAACAUAUAUUGUUUUCUUUAUAUCAGUCUAUUUUCUCAGAUUUUUACAAAAGGUAAUUUAAAUAACAGAUACUAAAAUAUCAUUGAUGAACCAAAAAUAUUUUAUAAUUGAUAUGAUUGAGAUGUUUACUCAUUUUUACAUAUUUUUUUUGUUAAAAUUUUAACUACAAGUUUUUAAAAAUUUACAAAUCCAUCAAAUUAUAUAAAAGAAUUUACGGAAGUAUAUAUACAUAUUUAAGAUAAAAAAUCUGAACUAAUGAAAUAAAUAAAAUAUUCAAAUUUAGUUUAGCUAUAAUCAUAAGUAAUUGUGAUUCAAUUUGAAAAAAUAUGUGUGUAAUUCAUUAUAAUCCAAAAAUGAGUAAUUUAAACAAUCUAUAUUUUUAAGUCCAAGACCAAAGACUAAAUUUAGAAAAAUAAAAA